AUGGACACAGCUUUCAUCAGACGGCCUGCCAGCAGUGCGCUUCAAGUCAACCCGCCAAAUGCAGACAUCCAUCUCGGCCGCUGGGGUAGCAACUGGGCCUGGACCGUCUUUUGUCUCAUGGCAGCUUCCACUCUUGGUCUCUUGAUCUGGUCCGUGAGAGUUCCUCCUAACCGACGGGCUUUCCACUACUUGCUCAUUGCCGCUCUCGCCAUCUCCACCAUCUCGUGGUUCUCUAUGGCCAGCGAUCUCGGUUCUACGCCUGUCACUGUCCAGUUCCUUCGCAACAAUCCUCUUGGUGGCGGCUUUGGCGGCUACCCAACUCGCCAGAUCUGGUACAGUCGCUACAUCGACUGGUUCUUGACUAGCUCGCUCCUCUUGCUCAGCCUGCUUUUGAUCACCGCUCUGCCUCUUUCCGUCAUCUUGAUCACCCUCUUCUUCAACCUGUUGAUGGUUGUAUCCGCUCUCCUCGGUGCUUUGACCCGAUCCGGAUAUAAGUGGGGCUACUUUGUCUUUGCAUGUGCCGCGCUGGCCUACGUUCUGUACCAGAUCUUUGCCUCCGGCUUGCGCUCAGCUCGUCGACUCGGCGCUGGCUUUGGUCGUGCGUUCCUUGCCGCUUCGACUCUGUUGGCCAUCAUCUGGCCGAUGUACGCCAUCUGCUGGGCUUUGAGCGAAGGCGCGAAUGCCAUCGGUGUCAGCGAGGAGUUCCUCUGGUACGGUCUCUUGGACCUCUUCACCAAGCCUAUCUUUGCCUUGUUGCUCCUCUCCAUGCUAAGCAAUUGCGACUACAACGCCUUGCGUCUCCAAUCGGGCAAGGCCUCGGAGGACGACAUUGUCGAGCACGAGCAACGAGGGCGACUCGAAGAGAAAGCUCAUCAAGCAAUUGCCUCGCAAGGUGGUGUCGGCUCUGCACCCGUUCAUGAUAGGACUGCAAACACUACCGCUACGACUAUGCCUCAUCCUCACAUCGCUCCGCCCACAGCUGGUAGCAUUGCGCAGACCACUAUGACUCCUGUUCCCAUCACCUGA